AUGGAGAAGGAAGCAUUCUUCAAGUAUAUCCAGCCAGCACCGGACACUCAGAAGGUUACAUCUCGAGAUGGAUGCAUUUAUAUGUAUCGUCUGAUGAAGUUCAUUGGCUGGAUUCCACCUAAGACAGGUCCAAUUUUCUUGAGAGGUCUCUACUAUUUCUACAGCGUUUUAACCUACACACUUGGAGUUGUUUAUCUGCCUUUGGGAUUCGCUCUUAGCUACAUAAAGGAGUUCGACAAUUUUACACCCGAUGAGUUCCUCACUUCGUUGCAGGUUGCCAUCAAUACUUUUGGAGGAACAGUAAAGUGUAGCAUAACCUAUAUUAAUUUAUGGCGCCUUCGUAAAGUCGAAAUUAUAUUAAAUGAGCUAGACAAACGUAUUGAGACGGAUGUGGCUCGUAAGAAAAUGCAUGAGUCAAUAUCCCUAAGCAACUAUAUAUUCUUGAUCUUUACAAUACUUUACAACGGAUAUGCUGGAUCCACAUUUCUGUCUUAUUUGGCCAGUGGCAGACCACCUUGGUCAUUGUACAAUCCAUUGAUUGAUUGGCAUGAAAGUCUACUAAAUCUAGUCAUACAAGCAAACUUCGAAUACAUUGUGAUGACCUUUGCUGUAAUACAACAUCAGCUAUCUGACACUUAUCUGGUUGUGUUUAUUAUUUUGAUUCGAGGCCAUUUUAAUCUUUUAAUGGAUCGUGUUCAAAAUCUACGCACCGACCCUAAUAAGACAGACGAACAAAACUACGAGGAUCUGGUUAACUGCGUUAAGGAUCACAAAAAGAUUUUAGAAUGCUGCAAAAUACUUCGUCCAAUGAUUUCAGGCACUAUUUUUGUACAGUUUGGUUUAAUUGGGUCUGUCUUGGGAUUGACAUUAAUUAACAUAUUCUUUUUCUCCAAUUUGUGGCGUGGGAUGGCCUGUUGUUUGUUUGUUGUUGCUGUGUUAAGUGAGACAUUUCCCUUCUGCUACAAUUGCAAUUUGCUAAUUGACGAGUGCCAGGAGCUUGGAGUUCGUAUAUUCCAGUCAAAUUGGACCGAUGCUCCGGCCCGAUAUAAAAGCACUCUGAUUCAAUUUAUGCAUCAUGUCCAGCAGCCAAUCAUGUUCAUUGCUGGCGGAAUUAUUCCUAUUACCAUGAACAGUAAUAUCACAGUGGCGAAAUUCGCAUUCAGCAUUAUUACCAUAGUGAAGGAGAUGAAUCUCGCAGAACAAUUUAAAUAAAAUAAUAAUAUUGUACCUAUUAUAUAAGUAAAUUAAUAUGUUUUCGUAUAAGACUUAGAAGCUCAAUAAAUACUCAC